ACUCUCUCUCUCUCUCACGCGCGCACACACAAACCAUGGUGGUAUUGUCUCGGCCAGUACUAGACAAUUUCUCUCUCAUCAAAACAAGCGAAACCACUGCAAAUCCAUCCACUGUAAUUCCAGAAAUAGACCUCUUAGACCCUCAUGCAGGCAACCUCAUCGUUAAGGCCUGUGAGGAGUAUGGCUUCUUCAAGGUGAUCAACCAUGGCAUCCCAGUGGAGUCUGUCACUAAAUUAGAAGCUGAAACUAUCAAGUUCUUCGAGUUACCACAGUCUGAGAAAGACAAAACUGGCACUUCUACUCUUAACCCUUUUGGAUAUGGUAACAAGAGAAUUGGCCCAAACGGUGAUGUUGGUUGGAUUGAAUACCUUCUCUUCAGCACCAGCCCCCAAAAUUGUCUCUCCAAUUUCCCAGGAAACUCAGAAAUUUUCUGGACUCUUGUGAAUGACUAUGUAUCAGCAGUGAGACAUAGGCUUUGUGGAGUUUCGGAAAUGAUAGCUGAUGGCUUGAAGAUUAGGCCAAGGAAUGUGUUGAGUAGGCUCUUGAAAGACCAGAAGAGUGACUCUUGUUUCAGGCUAAACCACUAUCCUCCAUGUCCAGAGCAUCAAGCAUUCAGUGGUCAAAGUUUGAUUGGGUUUGGAGAGCAUACAGAUCCACAGAUACUAUCUGCUCUAAGAUCUAACAACACAUCAGGCUUGCAAAUCUGUCUAAGAGAUGGGACAUGGGUUUCAGUCCCAGCUGAUCAGAGCUCCCUUUUCAUCAAUGUUGGUGAUUCCUUGCAGCCUUUGAAUUUGUUCUCUUUUAUUUAUUCCAAACGGUGA